AGUUGCCUACCUCUGAAGUCAAAAGGCAGCGCAGCGCCCUCCGAGCUCCGCGGCGGCAAGAAUAUGGUGCGCCGUCUCUUGAUUACUGUGCGGAUUCGGCGCUCGUGCGGCCCGCCGCGAGUCAGGGCUUUCGUGGUGCAGAUCGCGCGGCCAGCGGGUGAGUGGGCAGCGCCGGGUGUGAGGGCCGCUGCGGCCCGCGUGCUGUUGCUAGUGAGGAGCCAGCGCAGAGCGCAGCAGCCGCAUCCUAGACCAGGUCAUGAUGAUGGGCAGCACCCGCGUGGCGGAGCUGCUGCUGCUCCACGGCGCAGACCCCAACUGCGAGGACCCCGCCACCCUCACCCGACCGGUACACGACGCCGCCAGGGAGGGCUUCCUGGACACUUUGGUGGUCCUGCACCGAGCCGGGGGGUUAGACGUGCGAGACGCCUGGGGCCGCCUGCCCGUCGACCUGGCUGAGGAGAGGGGCCACCGUGACGUCGCCGGGUACCUGCGCGCGAACGCAGGGAGGACCGAAGGCGGUAGCCACGCUCGCUCAAACUCUGGAGAAGAUCCCGCAGACAUUUCCAACCUUCAAAAUCAUUGAAACCCAGAGAUACUGCAACUAUGUGAAAAUUUGAAAAAAAGAAGCACACCACCACCACCACACCAAAUUCUUCCCUGGGUUGCCUUUUAGAAAACUUGGAACUGCUGGUGUUCCCCUAUGGCGCCACGGGUUAAGGAUCUGACAUUGUUAUUUCAGCGGGUGGGGUUCAUGCUGGGGGGUGGGUUCGAGAUUCCUGGCCGGGAACUUCCACAUAUACAGCGGGCAAGGCUAAUGGGGAACAAAAAAUUGUCAUAUAGAUUUGCUUUCCCCUUCCUUCGAAUUUACAUUCAUAAAAGGGUUAAAAAAAAAAAAAAAAAA